UGAGGGAGGAAAGACUAAAAGUGAAACAAUUGGGCUCGACCCGUCCAGGCUGUUCUUUGUGGACAUUUUUCCUCAUUGUUGUUUAUAGCUUCAGCGUCUCUCCUUAGAAAGCACCCGGAAUGUGUAUGUAAGUUGUGUUGAGGCGAGUGAAAGAGAAUUUCGGAAUGAGCUUAUGUUGAAUAAUGAGUUAGCUCGGUUCGCUAACCAGCUAGCUAGCCAGCUCCUUCCAUAACAAACGCCUGUAGCCUGACUCAGUGACGGUAAAGCACAGAGUGCAGCCCCUCGGAGUGAAGCUCAUAACCUGGUAGCGAUGCCUUUAUAGCGUACUCUCGCGGCAGUCUUACUCUGAAGGACACUGCAGUCGUUGAGCACGAUGCUAAACAGCUAGCUAACUAAGCUAGCUGGCUAACGGUGUGUAGAAUUGUACAAUCCCAAGUGACGUUUCAUCAUCGUCCUAGUUCUGAAUUACAUUAGUUAUUGAUGUGAUAUUGGCCUGCUAAGAAAUGAAACGUAACCAACUGGUCAUGAAAGAAUGAGCGCUUUGUCAGAAAACGUUACUGAAGUUACUGAAAAGAGGUUGAAGUUGGAAGCUGACUGUUCCAGCUCCUGCCCAGAGGGCUCUCAGACUGUCACUGCCAAAGGUGAGAAGGAGGUCACUGGAACAAAGUUGCCAGGAAAUCAUAAUCCAGGUAGCUUAGCCACCGAUGUGCUAACCUCAAAAAUGGAAGAAGCUGCAAAGGAAGUAAACAGCAGUGCCACUGGAAAUGUGAAGGUAGAUGACGUAAGAAAUGAUCUUCAUAAGUUUGAGUGCAAUAGGAAAGAUGAUUGUCAGUCAGGUGUGAAAGAAAAUGACAAGCUUUUUGGUGUUUCAAGAAAACACAAAGAGCUGGAUGACCCCAAACUGGACAGAAUUCAAGGGAGCAUUUUAUUGCCAAAUUCUAACCUGGAUGUGAAGGGGUUCUAUGGACUGAGUGAGGUUAAUAGUAUUGUAAGUGAUAAUGUUAUCAUUCAGAAAAAGUCCACUAAUGGAGAAAAAGCUUUAACAUCUAACUCGCCAGAUGCCAAACCUAGCAAGGUGACCACUACAUCUACACCAAAGGCAAAGACAAACCUCAGUUUAUCUCUAAACACAAGUGCUAAUGCUGAUGUGGAGAUGCUGAGCCCAGAGAGUCCAACAUGCAAAAACUCCCUAUACAACAACUUAGGGGAAAGUGCCCAUUCUUGCACGGUGCCCCAGGCAUCCUCCGUUCGAUCUUGUUCUUCUGUGGAGUCCAGUCCCUCUGGUAAUCGUGGAGUUGUAAACCCAGAGGGCAUCAAUGAGAAGCCUGAGGUCAUAACCAUGGAAACUGAUGAUGUCGAUAAGCAGGACUCUGGUAUCAGUUCUUUGUUUCCAAAAAGCAAAGCCAAGGAAGGACCUGUUGACAUCCAGUCAAAACAGUCACUGAAAAGUGAGCAAGUGCCUCUACUGAACAGUGAUAAAAAGUGGUUGGGAACUCCUAUAGAGAUGCUGAGGAGGAUGCCACAGUGUGGUCAACCCCUACCACACCUCAGGGCAUCAGACAGCCACAAAGUCCUGAUCAGGACAGACUUGCUCAAGGAAGGUGAAGUCCCUGUUCCAUACCCCAGCAAGUUUCGUGAUGCCUGGGAUGAUAUAACUGUCAAAAUGCCCUGUUCAGAAAAGAACCUGUUUCCUGUGGAGAAUGAGGAUGGAAGUGUGGUGCAGAGUCGGUGGGAGUUAAUUCGGUCUGCCUUGGAAAAUGGAUGCAAAAGUUCACUUGACAUUCGGGAUGCAAUACUGAGUUACAACACGGCACAUGCAAAGAGAUGGGACUUCACAGCUUUAAAUGUUCUCUGCACUGAUGGGUUGGAGCACUCUGAGGUGCAGUAUCUCUUUGAUGUCAUCCUGCCAGAGAUGGUAAAGUUAGCCUUGAGUGCCCCCAAGAUUUGUACCCAGCCAAUCCCUCUGCUUAAACAGAACAUGAAUCAGUCCCUGACCAUGUCACAGGAACAAAUUGCCUGCUUGCUGGCCAACGCCUUCUUCUGUACAUUCCCCAGACGCAACUCGCGCAAGUCUGAGUACUCCAACUAUCCCGAGAUUAAUUUCUACAGAUUGUUUGAGGGAUCCUCUCCUCGGAAGAUUGAGAAACUCAAAACCCUCCUCUGCUAUUUCAGAAGAGUGACUACUUCAAAGCCCACUGGCCUUGUGACGUUUACGAGACAAAGCCUGAACAGUUUUUCUAAAUGGGAAAGCUCAGCUACCCAGCUCACGCGGCUUCAUAUAACUUAUGAGGGGACUAUUGAGGAUCAGGGUUAUGGAAUGCUUCAGGUGGACUUUGCAAACAGGAUGGUAGGAGGAGGAGUAACAGGACUGGGGCUGGUCCAGGAGGAGAUCCGCUUCCUCAUCAACCCAGAGCUUAUUGUCUCACGCCUCUUUACUGAAGCUUUGGAUCACAACGAGUGCCUUAUUAUCACAGGCACGGAGCAAUACAGUAAAUACUCCGGUUAUGCAGAGAGCUACAAAUGGAAGGACAACCACAAAGAUGAGACGCCAAGGGAUGAGUGGCAGCGAAGGUGUACAGAGAUCGUGGCCCUGGAUGCGCUAAAGUACAGGCACUUCAUGGAGCAGUUCCAUCCUGACAAAAUCACUAGGGAACUUAACAAGGCGUACUGUGGGUUUGUGCGGCAUGGUGUCAACAGCCAGUACCUUUCAGCAAUUGCUACAGGAAACUGGGGAUGUGGUGCAUUUGGGGGAGACACACGACUUAAAGCCCUGCUGCAGAUAAUGGCAGCGGCGGAGGCAGGCAGAGAUGUGGCCUACUUCACAUUUGGUGAUGCUGAGCUCAUGAGGGAUGUCCAUGAUCUGCACACCUUCCUUACGGAUAGACACAUCACUGUUGGCACUUUAUAUGGUCUCCUGAAGCAGUACUUUAAUGUGGUGUGCAAGAACAGCCACAGUCAGAGGCCUGAUGUCAGUCUUUAUGGCUUCAUCUAUGAACAGAUCAGCUCAGAUCCUCUUCCAGAGCCCAGCCCUGGACCCAGCAGCAGCAGCCACCUGUCCACUGCAGUCUCCUCUUGUUCCUCAGACUGCCAUUAAUGCUGGCCUGUCACAGACUCGCACACCUCCUUGACUUUUUCAAUUCCUCAGUGCUUUUUUUCUUCUUUAGAAAGAGAUAUUUUAGGUGAUUUUCUGAGGUGUGAUGUGUGAAAGUACUGUAUGCCUUUUUUCAGCUGGUGGGUAUAUGUCUCAAGUCACAGUACAUUAUAUAUGUGGCUUGAGAAUAUAGCAAUAGUAAUCCUGGUUGCUGGUUAUUUGCUUUUCCCCUUACACCGGAGAGACACUUGUGACCAAAGUUACUGCAUGGUCUCAAAAUGUUUUGUUUAAGAUUGGCUGACCAAGGCACAUUAGUCUUGAUUGUUAGACUGUUAGCAGGGCACUUAUACAGACUCAGUACACUAUGUAGAACUGUGUGACACUAUAUGCAUGAAAUCUCUUUAAAUGGACCCAGAUUUUGCUUAUCACACUUGAUUUAUAAAAAUUGUAUUAAACAAAAGUCAAGAUGUCUUUUUUUUUUUUGCCAUAUUGAGAUCAGAAAAAUAUUACUGAGUUUUCAAAUGUGCAAACUUUCCACAUUAAAGGAAACUGUGCAAACA